AUGUGCACUGGGAAAUGUGCCCGCUGCAUUGGCCUGUUCCUGUUACCGCUGGCCUUUGUAUGUAUUAUAGCCAACAUCCUCCUUAUUUUCCCCAAUGCGGAGACAAAAUGGACCGAUCAUAUCACCUUGCAAGUCUGGUUGAUGGGAGGAAUAAUAGGCGGCGGACUUUUUGUCCUGUGUCCAGCAUGCGCUGCAGUACGGGCCGGAGGUAAAGGAUGUUGCGGUGCCGGAUGCUGUGGGAACAGAUGCAGGAUGCUGCGAUCUGUGUUCUCUUCUGUCUUUGGUAGCCUGGGCUCCUUAUACUGUCUCAGUGUAUCAUCUACGGGUUUGGCGAAUGGCCCACUGUGUGCCGUUGAGUCUGGGGACUGGCAAUAUCCCUUCCAGGACUCCGAAAACAGUUACCUAGGCAACCAGACCUUGUGGGAAAUUUGCAAAGAUCCUCCAAACAUCGUCAUGUGGAAUGUAGUCCUCUUCUCCAUUUUACUCGUGGCCAGUGUGAUCGAACUGGUCUUCUGCGUGUUACAGGUUAUUAACGGAUGCAUUGGAGUUUUCUGCGGAGAUUGCCGAAAGAAACACAGGAAAGAUGAGGAUAGCUUUUGAACACCUCGGACCUGAAGUGGCCCUGAAGAGGCAGCUCCCACUGUAGACUUAGCA